AUGAAGCUGGGAGGCGCCGGUCAACAAACCCAACCGUCCUCAUCAUCUACUCCUAGCUCGUCUCAACCUACGACUAUUUCAGGAAAUGCUGACUCUGUGCCAAGUGCGGAUCUGGGCCUCAUCGGCCUGGCUGUCAUGGGACAGAACCUCAUUCUGAACAUGGCCGACCACGGCUUCACCAUUGCCGCCUUCAACCGUACUGUCUCCAAGGUUGACCGAUUCCUGGAAAACGAGGCCAAGGGCAAGUCCAUUGUCGGCGCCCGCACGGUUGAGGAGUUCGUGAGCAAGCUCAAGUCUCCCCGUCGUAUCAUGCUUCUCGUCCAGGCUGGUACCGCUGUCGACGACUGGAUCGAGAAGGUCCUCCCCUUCCUCGAUGCCGGUGACAUCAUCAUCGAUGGUGGUAACUCUCACUUCCCUGACUCCAACCGCCGCACCAAGUACUUGGCCGAGAAGAAGAUCCGCUUCGUCGGCUCCGGUGUCUCUGGUGGCGAGGAGGGUGCCCGCUACGGCCCCUCCAUCAUGCCCGGUGGUAACGAGGAGGCUUGGCCCCACAUCAAGGACAUCUUCCAGAGCAUUUCUGCCAAGAGCGACAACGAAGCCUGCUGCGAGUGGGUCGGCGACGAGGGUGCUGGUCACUACGUCAAGAUGGUCCACAACGGUAUCGAGUACGGUGACAUGCAGCUCAUCUGCGAGGCCUACGACAUCAUGAAGCGCGGUCUCGGUCUCUCUAACAAGGAGAUGGGUGACGUCUUCGCCAAGUGGAACAAGGGCGUCCUGGACUCUUUCCUCAUUGAGAUUACCCGUGACAUCAUGUACUUCAACGACGACGAUGGCAAGCCCCUCGUCGAGAAGAUCCUCGACCAGGCUGGUCAGAAGGGUACUGGAAAGUGGACCGCUGUCAACUCUCUUGACCUCGGCCAGCCCGUAACCCUCAUCGCCGAGGCCGUCCUGGCCCGCUGCCUGUCUGCCCUCAAGCCCGAGCGUGUUGUGGCUGCCAAGAAGCUGCCCUUCGCUAGCCGCACCACCAAGUUCGAGGGUGACAAGGAGCAGUUCCUCGAGGACCUUGAGCAGGCUCUCUACGCCUCCAAGAUCAUCUCGUACGCCCAGGGCUUCAUGCUUAUGCAGGAGGCUGCCAAGGAGUACGGCUGGAAGCUCAACAAGCCUUCCAUCGCCCUCAUGUGGCGUGGUGGCUGCAUCAUCCGUUCCGUCUUCCUCAAGAACAUUACCGCUGCCUACCGCAAGGACCCUGACCUACAGAACCUCCUCUUCGACGACUUCUUCAACGAGGCCAUCCUCAAGGCCCAGCCCGGAUGGCGCGAGGCCGUCUCCAAGGCUGCCCUCCUUGGUAUCCCCACCCCCGCCUUCUCGACUGCUCUGUCCUUCUUCGACGGCUACCGCACUGAGUCGCUGCCUGCCAACCUCCUUCAGGCCCAGCGUGACUACUUCGGUGCCCACACCUUCAGGAUCAAGCCCGAGGACGCCAACGAGAAGUACAAGGUUGGCACCGACAUCCACGUCAACUGGACUGGUCGUGGCGGUAACAUCUCCGCUUCGACCUACCAGGCUUAA